AUGGCGGACAUCUUUGCUGUCGGUCUGCACUCCUUCGGAGACGACGUACCGCGCCAAGAGAACGGGACCUGGGUAACCGGCGGCACGGGACCCCAGUCGACGGGACUGCUCUCUUUGCUGUCGGUGAUAGGCACAAGUCUCUCCAUUGUAGGCGUGGUGCUCACCUUUAUUACGUACAGCCUGUUCUCGGACCUGCGCACCCUCAGUGGAACGUCAUUGCUCAAUCUUCUGGCAGCAUUCUUUCUGUCGCACCUCCUCAGCGUCAUCGGUGUCGAGCGACCCAGCGACAAGAGGCUCUGCAUAACGCUGGGGUUCCUCCUUCACUUUUUCUGGCUGGCUGUGCACUGCUGGUUGGCCGUCAUGGCUCGGGACAUGUACUCCACCUUCCGAGAAAACAUCAAUCUGCAGCCGUCAGCCGCAAGCGAAGAUCGCAAGUCAUUCGUCACAGCCGCUGCCUUUGCCUGGGGUUUCCCCCUCCUCCUGACGUGGCUGGCGGCAGUCAUCCACGUGGGCACCGUGCUGGACAGCGACACCGAUGAACGAGUCACCUGCUGGAUCCUCGGCCGAGGCUCGUAUCUGUGGACCUUCUGCUUGCCGGCCUUCCUGUUGGCAAUAUCAGACGUCCGGUACUUCGUCAAAGCAGCCAUUCUCACGCGCUACACGGCAAGCUUGCAGAUGAGUCGAAAGACAAGGGAUCGAAUGAGGCGAAGACGCUACUUGCAGCUGUUCUUGUACGCCAAGCUUCUGCUUGUGCUCACAGUGACAUGGGUAUGUGGUCUGGCCGCCCAGCUGGCUAGGCUCCGAGCAGUCUGGUUCGCCUUCUGCCUCGUCGCCUCCAUACAAGGCUUCUUCGUAGCCCUGGCCUAUUCCUGCAACUCCAGGGUGUUCCGCCUCUACAGCAGAUCCCUGAGCUCACGCAGCCGCAAGGGCUAUGGAGCCUCCGAUCUGGCUGGCUCGACGGACCUUGCGUCUCUUACGUGGGAGCAAACUCCAGAUGCAGUCUAGCUCAUAGCUUGCUCGUAGUUUGUGUAUGAUCGGCAAUGAGGACCCGAUAACCCUGGGGACCUUGGAGUUUGCAUGGUGCAACUGUGAAUUGUGUCGUUCUGUAACAUCAUCCUAAUGCAUUGCGUGGACAUGAAUUAUAUUCAGAUCAUCUUCCGCAU